UUUGGAUGGCUUUGUUGAGGGAUUUGGGGCGGUGCGAUGGUUUGCUUAGUUUAUGUUGCCGUGGGAAACCCAAAUCUUCCACACUGCCUUUGUCGACUGAUAGUUCUACGGAAACAGAAAAUGAAUAAAUGACAAAGAAGGUGACAGGUGAUAAAAAGGCUGCGAAGUUCUUCUGUACAGAGUGCACUACAGCGAUAGGCGUCGGGAUUCUCAGCAGAGGCUUUCCAGAGUCCGAAUUACUGAUCCAGAAGAAAAAUACUCAGUGUACUUCAGACGUCCAUACAAGAGUGAGGCUACAGCACCCGAAAUGGGGAAAGGUGGAGAGAAGACGGAGCAAAGUGGAGAAUGCAGUACUAAAACAUUUGGGGUAUACACAUGGGAAGAGAUUCAGAAACACAAUUUAAGAACAGAUAAAUGGUUAGUCAUUGAGAGGAAGGUGUAUAAUAUCACAGAGUGGUCUAAGAGGCAUCCAGGUGGCACCCGAGUCAUCACUCACUAUGCUGGAGAGGACGCCACAGAUGCAUUUCAAGCAUUUCAUCCAGAGCCUGACUUUGUGCGAAAGUUUCUAAAGCCACUACUAAUAGGCGAGCUGGACCCUGGAGAGCCUAGUCAAGAUCGGGAUAAAAAUGGAGAGAUCCUUCAAGAUUUUCGCCAGCUCAGAGAGACAGUGGAGAAGAUGGGCCUGUUCGAGACAAAUGCUAUGUUCUUCAUAAUGCAACUGGGACAUAUCAUUCUAUUUGAGAUACUUUCCUGGCUUUUGCUGUAUUUUCUGGGAACAGGCUGGAUUAAUACCCUGAUAUGUGCAGUCCUGUUGACAACAUCUCAGUCUCAGGCUGGUUGGCUACAACAUGACUUUGGACAUUUGUCUGUGUUUAAAAAGUCCAAGUGGAAUCACCUGCUGCACAAAUUUGUAAUUGGGCAUAUAAAGGGAGCUUCUGCUAACUGGUGGAAUCAUCGCCACUUUCAGCAUCAUGCCAAACCAAACAUCUUCAAAAAGGACCCAGAUGUGAAUAUGCUGCAUGUGUUUGUAUUGGGAAAAACUCAGCCUGUGGAGUAUGGUAAGAAGAAACUGAAAUAUCUGCCUUACAACCACCAGCAUGAGUAUUUCUUCCUUAUUGGCCCACCUUUAUUAAUUCCAGUUUACUUCCACAUCCAAAUAAUGCAUACUAUGAUUUCCAGACGAGAUUGGGUUGAUUUAGUUUGGUCCAUGACAUACUACAUACGUUACUUCUCAAUGUAUGCCCCAUUCUAUGGAGUCCUGGGAUCUAUUGCAUUCAUCAGCUUUGUCAGAUUUUUAGAGAGCCACUGGUUCGUAUGGGUUACUCAAAUGAAUCACAUCCCUAUGGAUAUUGACAGCGAGAAGUACAGAGACUGGCUGACCAUGCAGCUGUCUGCAACCUGUAACAUUGAACAAUCUGCCUUUAAUGAUUGGUUUAGUGGCCACCUCAACUUCCAGAUUGAGCAUCACUGUUUUCCCACCAUGCCACGUCAUAAUUACUGGAAAGCCUCCCCACUGGUGAAAUCUUUGUGUGAAAAACAUGGUAUUCAUUAUCAGGAAAAGACACUGUGGCAAGGCUUCAAGGAUAUUGUAAGCUCAUUGAAGACAUCUGGUAACCUCUGGUUGGAUGCCUACCUUAACAAGUAAGAGAGAGAGAAACAGAGGCACAGAGAGAGAAAGAGAGCACAAGAGACUCUUCAGACCUCCUUUACACUUUGUCCCCUUCGACUGUGAUGUUCACAUUUGCAUUUUGUCUGGGGAUGAAAUCUUGGCUGCCCUUUACUAAAUCCAACACUAGAACUAUGUUAUCAACAGCCUGAUUUUAACUAGCUCUUUUCUGAAAUUACAAUGCAAGGAAGACCCUUGAAUUUCUAACUUGAUGCAAAAUCUGUACUAUUUCUAGACUGAUGGUCAAUCUGUUACAGAUAUAUUAAUGCCCUACAAGAAAUACUAGUGAUUAUAUAUGCUAAUACUAAACGAAGCAGGAGUGUUCCUAGGACAGGUUUGGGUUCAACACUGAAUCUUCUUUCAUUGUAUUGUCUGUACUUUUAGAGCUAAUAAAAUUAGGACAUUGUGUAAACUAAUUUAGAUAGUGUAAGAAAAAAACUGCCCACAUACUAAUUGUGUCUGUAACUUAUUUUUAAAACAUACAGUACCUGUGUCAUUCAUUGCAGUUGGCAUUUAACACUCAGUUUUCCUUUAUUUAUUCAUGUUUUCCCUAUCUGUGCUGCAGUAUAAUUUAAUCCAACACUUAAUUUAAUCCAACAGAGUGUAGGAUUUGAUGCCAUGUGAAUGCCUCAGGUUAAGCCAAGAGGUCGAAGGUACCUUUCUACUCCCCACCCAGCCUUUCAUCCUAACAAUGUCAAUGAUCCAAACAUUUAUGUUAAUUAACAACUGCAUUUUCCUGACUUUUACCAGCUCUUACCGAUUUUUCAUUAUCCAGUGAACUUGAACUGCCUCUGGUUCAACAUAUUAUUGAGCUACCAAUACAUGAUGUUUCUCAUACACCCUGUCUCAGCAUCUAAGAUAUUAAUCAACUUGGGUACCUCUGCUGUUAAAAUGACUACUGAAUGUUAGAUGCUGGCUAAUAUAAAGAAACUGUGAAACAAAAUCAUUGUCUUGAGUAAAAUGGAAGAUAAGGAUAUAAUACAUAGGAAAACUCUUUGCUUGAAGAAGGAUUCAAUUAUAUCAAGAUUUUCUAAAUCAUAAGUAUCAGUUGACAAAACACAUUACAAAUGAAACUAUAGAUAAAGCAAUGCAUUCAAAUUUAUGUACUACUGAAAAAGAAUUCAUAAUGUAAGUUCAAAAAUAAUUUAGGCAAAAAAUGGAUAAUAAUAGCUAUUAUCACAGAAGAUGUUAGAAUUACAAGCUUCAGAUAGAAAUAAAGAAAUUAGAAAUUAAACAUAAAGAGAUUGUUUUCAGUUAUUUCAGAAGUGUACACGGUAUACAAUUAGCAGUUCUAAUUGUGAUUGACAAGCUUUUUUACUACUGUGAAGCAAGACUGGACAAGCAGCUGUAAUUUAAGGGGAAAAACAGUCCUGAAGAGUGGCAAAUCUAGUAAACUGCUAACUGAGCUGCAGCUAAUGGUAAUGUGUAACUUUACGAGUGGUUUAACUUGAGAAAGUGACGAGAUGGUUUUGAGCAAACUGUGGGAUUGUGAAGGAUAUCAAGAAUGGGAAAAUGUUUUUCAAAUUGAGCUACACAUACAGAGUAGCGUAACAUGUUCCCAGAGUUACAUUCAUGAGUAAAAUGCCUGAAGAAUAAUUAUCUCUAACCAUGUGCAGUGUGUAAUGGUGCCAAAAUGUCUCAUUGAUUUGGUGAAGUACCUCAAACAGAGUAUGUGUUGGAAGAUCCUACAUACCUUAAGUGAACUUCAAACCUCUUCCCCACAAUUUAUCUUUUACUCAUAUUUUAUGUAUAAUGAGAACACAAUUAUAUGGAACUGAGCAGGUAUAACUUAAAAUUAACCAUUUCUUCUUUAAAUUCACUUAAUUAUCCGUCCAGCCCUUUUCAAACAUGUGUCAUGAGGUCUGACUAGAAAAUAAAAAUCAAUUUUCAUUGGUUCAAUGAUUAAAUUAGUAUUAUUUUUUUAUGAAAAAUAUACUACAAAUAUCUAGAUGAGUGUAAGGAGCCAUUUAAUUUUAUAUUUUAUAUUCUUCAGCUGUGCUGUCAUAUCAGAUAAUCUAGCAUAUGAAAUGGUUGUUUUCUUGAAGAGUGACCAACCCCUUUGCACUCUCUGACCUCUUUCUUUACUGUUUUAAAAUGUGGAUCAAUAUCUGCUUUUUUGUACUUUUUGGUUUUUUAUUUACAAUGCAACUAGUAGUAGAGCAAAUGUAGAUAAAGAGGUUGAAGAUUAAAUGAAAACCUUUCUGAGUUUCCUACA